CGUAGAAAGGCGUGCUUUUUUGGGUUGGAUUUUGUGGGACUGUUCGUAUUUAUCUGAUGCCUGUUUUAGUUUUGCUGUAACCCACGUUAAAAUAUGUCUUCUUUGUGGGAGUUUCUCAGCGGUUCGGAGACCGUGGCAAGUAUUCAAAGGUGUUUUGGUGUUGAAUUUGUGACAAGCUCUGAGGUGAUGUGCCGUUCUACUUCUGACGAAGAGGUUGACAGUAAUGGCGUCUCUGAUAUCAAAAACGCCGUGAAGUGUACAGAACACAUGACGUUUGGACAGUCGGGUAAUGGUCGUGACACGUUUUCACUCAGUGCUUCGUCUCCAGUCCGAAAUUGCAAUAAUGGAUUUGUAAAGAUGGAAUAUAGGAUCAAAGACACGAUCGCCACAUCUACCAUCGCAUCCACCGUGCGAUCACGGUCGACUGUACAACAUAAUGGGCGCGCCGGUAAAGGCAUCAUUUUAAACUCUGUCAGUAAUACAACGUACUGCCCGCAUAAUGACAGAUCCACCGAUUAUGUUAUUCACAACAAAUUCUGGUAUUAUAUAUUUCUCUUCGGUGCCAUGCUUGGAAAUGAAAUUUUCUACAUGGCAUUUUUCCCAUUUUGUUGCUGGAAUGUGUCGGUAUGGGUAACCAGGCGUGUGGCCAUUAUCUGGGCUAUUGUUAUGUAUUUCGGACAGGCAGCGAAGGAUAUCGUCAAAUGGCCAAGACCAUCAUCACCUCCUGUCGUUAAGUUGGAACAUAUUUACAAUAUGGAGUACGGCAUGCCAUCCACACACGCCAUGAUGGGAUUAAGUUUGCCGUUCACAUUAUUUCUUCUCACCGUUCAACGAUUUGAGUAUCCAUACUAUCUGGGAGUUGCUAUCGCUGUGACUUGGUGUACUUUAGUCUGUAUUUCUCGUCUUUAUCUUGGAAUGCACAAUGUUCUGGAUGUUAUUGCUGGGUUAGUAUUGGCUGCUGUCUUGAUGGCUGUAAUAUAUCCAUAUCUUGAUGUCAUCGAGGAUAUUUUUAUUAAUGGAAAGUAUGGUGCAACUUUAGCAUUUGGCAUUGGAAUUUCCAUGGCGAUCUUUUAUCCAACCUUCAAUAAGUGGACAAUGUCUAGAGGUGAAGCGACUCUACUGCUUGGUAUUGGUACUGGGACCUUGGUUGGAUUAUGGUUCAAAGUGCACUUUAAUUUGCCACCCUUUGAGCCAGUAGGUGACUCACCAUAUACUAUUACUGUGCCCGAUUUACGCUGGAUGUUUUUUAUGAUACUCAAAAUGUCAUCAGGAAUUCUAAUUUUAUUAGCAACACGGUUUGUCAUAAGUGCUUCAAUUAAAAAAGUAGCCUAUGCUAUUCUCAGAAUUUUGCCAUUGAAUGAGAAGAGAAAUGAACAAGUUUACGUUGAAGUUCCAAGAAAGUUUUUCACAUACAUGGCGAUAGCAGUUCUUACAGCAUCGAUAAUUCCUUAUAUGCAUCAAUGUAUAGGGCUGUAACUCUCUUGCUCAAAUUAGAAGUCAAACUGUUUCUUGAUAUAUGUGACAAUGGAUCGAUGUAUAGUGACAUCAUUGAUUUUAUGAUCUAAACUGGUUUGUCUUCUAUGAACCAAUUUUUAAUGUAAAAUAAUUAAGAUACGUCUAGUGCAUAUUACAUGUAAGUAGCCACAAUGUGCAGAAUUUUUAUUUCAAAUUGCUGAUGUGUAUUGUAUAUGUAUGCUGAAUUUGUCUUCACCUAUUUGAUCACUAUGCAAUUAGUGUUGAUAGCUUAUUGUGCAUAGUUUUAUGAACUACAUGGAAUUAAAAUUGUAUUUAAAUCUACACAGUAGUACUUAAGAUGUUUAUAUUCAGAAAACUGUAAUUUAUACAUUUAGUACAUUUAUGUCAGAGUAUAUCCAAUUGCUAUAUAAAAUUAAUUGCAAUAUUAAUGUAGGAAUAAAAUAUGUUUUUGUGUUACUGUUAUGUAAGAUUCAUAUAUUUGAACACCUCUUUUGGCCAAGUGUAAUUUACAAAAUACUACCAGUGAGUGUUGGUGUAACAUUGAAAGCCAUGGGUUGCCAUGGCUACCAUUUGCAAUAUAAUGACAUGUACAUGUAUACUGUGACAAUCCAGUGAAAUGCACUAUGGUACUUUGCCUAUUUCUCUAUUCAGUGAUCAGUUGUGCUACCAAUUAAUAUUGUCAUAUCUAUCGGUAAAACAAAUCCGUCAGAGUUGGGGUUAUAAGUACUCCCAACUCCUCAAAGUUAUGGUUUAACCUAAGUUAAAAAAAUGCUUUACACAAAGUGUGCACAUUUGGGUGGGUACUAAUGUGCACAUGUCAACAAAUUCUGAUUUAUCUGCCUAUGAAAAAAUGACAAAUACUAAUUUAUACAAAUGACUUGAUUUACCAGGAGUUGUAUAACCACAGAUCCAGCUUAAUUACUAUAACAUAUGUACAUGCACCUGAUUGUAUAACUAACAUUGAAUUUAAAUUGAAGUCAAUAAAAUUUAAAAUUUUAAUUCAA